CGCACCUCAUCCUCGCGCAUAGGCUCGCGUAAUCGCUUCCAGCGUGCUAAAUUUAGCGCUGACCGUUGCUUUUGCCGAGCCAGCGGCGUAUAUAAAGCUCCUCCUCGCCUCCGCCGGCGUUUCCUGCACGCGCGCGCUGAGGUCGCGUCGAGACGCGGAAAAAGCCGUCGCCGUCGCCAUCGCCGCGGCACAUCCGUCGCGACGGCCCACCUGUGAAGAGGCUUCACCGCGUCCAACGUCGUGACGACCCACGCGGUCCGCUGUUGUCUUUCCCAGAGGACACUUCAGAGAGCAAGAGAGACUCUGCGAAGCGAGAAGGUCGUCGUCGCGCGAUCGAGCUGACGAUCUGUCACUCGGCGGCGAAGCCAAGACCCGAGAGCGCGCUGUGGGAGAAGGCGUCUCGCGAUCGCUCCUGCGACCAUCAGACGUGAGCCAAGCGGCAGCAGCAGCAGAAGCAGAGUUUACUAACGCCCGGCGGCGAGAGUGUGUGUGAGACAGAGACAGAGAGAGAUAGAGAUAGAGAGAGAGAGAGAGAGAACGUUCGCGUUUCGAGGAAGUCGAGGAAGCUCGUCGUGUGUGACUCGUGCGCGGCGCAAUUACAACACGCGAGUGCGCCGCGUGAUAAUCACGCAGCGCUGCGCACAGCGGAGCGCCGCCUGAACUUGGAUCCCUGAAGAUAAAAAGAGGCCGCGAGUGCUCCGGGCCCGGCGACACACGGGGCGUAUUUCCUUCUCCGCCGUCUACCGGCUGACCGCGGGCGAUUUCCUGCUGCUCCUCCUCCUGCUCCUCCUCCGAGAAGAAGAACCUUGGAUCCUCCGGCGUGCUUUCCGAACGAGCGCGGGGACCGCGCGUGAUCCGAUCACACGGCGAAGCACGAAAUUUGCAAAAAACGCGACGCGCGCGCAGCACCGCCGCCGGCGGCUCUCCGUGGCAAUCGAGCGGCAGCGAUAAGUCGUGUGUGUGCGUGUGUAUGUGUGUACGUGCAUGUCGCACUGUAAUAAACGCUAAAAAUAGCCGCGCUAUCGGGCCGCGAGCGGCUAUCGGAGCGAUAAACAUCGCCGACAACACGCUCUCUCGCCAUCGCGCUCGACAAUAACCGCGGCUCUCUCGCGAGCGGCGAUAUCGCGGGGGACAAAGGAGAACGCGCGCGCGCGCGCGCGCGAGAGCGAGAGAGAGCGCGAUGAUCGCGCGAUGAGGGGCCCCAAGAAGAGAGAGACCGCGCGUGCCGCUUUUCACGGGUCCCGAAAUUAGCAGCGCGGCCUGAGAAAAAAGCCGUCGGACAAAGCGCGCGAGUGUGACAUAACAGCGGCAAGUGGCCGCGAAGAAGAAGAAGAAGAAGAAGAAGAAGAAAAUUGCCAGGCGCGAUUAAUGCGCGCUCUUGGAUCGGCACGUCCCGCGACGCGCCUUGCGACACAUCGCGGCGGCGUUCUAAAAAUAUCGCCGAAGGACUUUAAAGCAGGAUAUACACGCGCGCGACCGUCGCGAUCGUGUAGCCUCUCGUUCCGGUUGACGGUUGAGACUCUUUCUUCGUCGCAUCUCGCGUACGCGUUAGACCGCGCGCGCGUCUCGGCCGGCCAACGAAGGGUGUGAAGUGCGACGUCGAGGGUGUCGCGAGGUCGAAGUUGAUCCUACCAGUUGCUCGCGCUCAGCUCGCUCGCUCGCUCGCGUCGCCAAGCCGAGAGACGUGUGACGUGUUUGUCGGCUUCUGCCGUUUUUUCUUACCCACCUGUGCCGGCUGGGCUGGGGUGAUCGGGACCGGCGGAAGAAUAGUCGCGCGUCGGGAAUCAUGAGGGUGUACGUGGAGCGAGCGAGCGCGUUCGAUCGAUAUCCGCGCGGCGAGAGCUCGAGCGCGAAGAUCGUCGUCGGCGACGGCGGCGGCGGCGGCGGCGCCGGCCGCCACGUCGAGACGAUCCACGUCCAGGGCGGCCGGCGGCAUGACAUUUUACUACCGGACCUGUGUUGUUACAUGUGCAUAGAGAUGGCCAGGGACACGCCGGGCUCGCGGCCGCGGGAUUUGGGCGCCGGCGGAGGUGGCGCGGCCACGGCCACCUUGACUUCCGGCGCUUACCACGCCGACUCCGCCGCCAGCCUGCACGACCACGAGCUGCAGCAGAAGAUGCUCAAGCUACAGCAGCACUAUCAGCUUCAGCAGCAGAUACUCUGGCAGAAGUACGAAGCACAGGGACGACAAUUGCAAGAGCAGCAAAUGCAGGAGCAGCUGAAGCUCUGGGAGCAGCAGAAGCAGCUGGAGGAGCAGAGGCGAGAGAAGGAGCGGCUCGAGGCCCUCAGGAAGAAGGACAAGCAUGAUCAUAGCGCGAACGCGUCCACGGAAGUCAAGCAGCGUCUUCAGAGCUUCCUGGUGAACAAGAAGCAACGAGAGGCGGCGGCCGCGGCGAAUGGAGCGGUGCCUGGUACACCCGGCUACAGAAGCUGGCUGCAGCCACAGUCGGAAUCGUCGAGCACCACGAACGCGGCGCACCCUUACCGGAUGCCGCAGAUGCUCCAGGAGAAGUUUGGCGACGACUUCCCGCUGAGGAAGACAGCCUCGGAGCCGAACCUGCUGAAGGUGCGACUAAAACAGCGCGUGGAGAGGAACAUGGCAGCGUCGAGAAACUCACCCCUCAUGGCACGCCGGAAGGACCGUUUGCUGUCGCACCUCAAGCGGAAGUCGUUACUAGCAAAUUCUGGCAGCAAUCCCGAAUCCGGGCCUAACUCUCCGCCGACCGUGAACAAUUCUCAAGCAAGCCCCACCGCUGGGAGCAACACGGCGAUACAGGAGGAAGGUGAGAAUCCGGCUUAUGGUGGUCGUCUCACCAGCAAUAGUCAGCAAGGCAGCCUCUCGGAUCUUUCGCUCUUCAGUUCACCGUCCAUGCCCAACAUCUCGUUGGGCAGACCUCACGUGCCGUCGAGCUCAUCGAGCGGAACGAAGCUGGCGCCCGUCUCGGAAGCGGAGGUGCGGGCCGCGUUCACGGCGCGUUUCGGCAUGCCGCUGACCGGUCAGAUGCUGCACGGCACCCUACCGUUCUAUCCGUCCCUGACAGUCAUCGAGGGCGAGCCGACGUACAUCUACAAGCAGAUGCAGAAUCUGGAGCAGGCGCCGCCAGUGGCCGCUAGCGGCCGGCAGGUCUAUCACGCCGCGCCGAUCACGGAUACACAAGUAGCGCACGCAAGACUGCAUAAGGCUGGUCACCGGCCUUUAGGUAGUAGAACGCAAUCGGCGCCGUUGCCGCUCGGCCACCCGAUGCUGCAGGGCGGCAUAAUCGCGCCGACUACCCACUACGAGGAGUACCUCGCGGAGAAGCAGCUGCACGACCAGCAGCAGGCGCACAACUACCUGAAGCAGCAGAUCCGCCAGACGGUGCUGACGCGAGUCGGCUCACGCAGCCAGGCGAAUCAGCUGGACGAGGCGCCGGAGACCGAGGAGUCCGAGGUCAUAGAUCUCACCGGCAAGAAAGAUCACCCGGAGGAGAGCGAGAUCUCGAAGCAGCAGAGGGACCGUGAGCAGUUCCUGCAACAGCAGAGAGACCUCAUGAUGCGGCACACCCUGCAGACGAACGAGUCGACCGUCUACAGCAGCAGCAGCAGCAGCAGCAGGACCUCGCAAUCGGCCAGGCCACUCUCGAGGGCGUUGUCGAGCCCGCUGGUGCAUCUAGGUCCCCAGGGUGGCAGCGGCGACAUGUUCGCGCGCGGUUCCCCCCACCGACCCACCACGGGAUUAGCCUACGACCCGUUGAUGCUGAAGCACGCGUGCGCCUGCGGCGAAACGGUCAGAGGUCAUCCCGAGCACGGCGGCCGGCUGCAGAGCGUGUGGGCUAGGCUGUCGGAGACCGGGCUGCUGCAGCGGUGCGACCGGGUGCGCUCGCGCAAGGCCACGCUCGAGGAAAUUCAGACAUGUCACAGCGAGGCGCACGCCCUUCUGUUUGGGACGAAUCCAUUGAAUCGACAGAAACUGGACAUGUCGAAGCUGUCGCAGUUGCCUAUCAAGAGCUUCGUCCGACUCCCCUGCGGCGGAGUAGGCGUCGAUUCCGACACCACGUGGAACGAGCUGAACACUGCGCCCGCCGCCAGGAUGGCGGUGGGCUGUGUCGUCGACCUUGCGUUCAAGGCGGCGAUGGGCGACAUUAAGAACGGCUUCGCCGUCGUGAGACCGCCCGGGCACCACGCCGAGACCAACCAGGCGAUGGGCUUCUGCUUCUUCAACUCCGUGGCAAUCGCGGCUAGGCUACUGCAGCAGAAACUCGACGUCAGGAGAAUCCUCAUCCUCGACUGGGACGUCCAUCACGGGAACGGCACCCAGCAGAUGUUCUACGACGACCCGCAGGUCCUGUACCUCUCGAUACACAGACACGACGAUGGCAACUUUUUCCCCGGCACCGGCGGGCCCACCGAAUGCGGCGCCGGCGAGGGUCUCGGCUACAACGUCAACGUGGCGUGGUCCGGCGGUCUGAAUCCUCCCAUGGGCGACGCCGAGUAUCUCGCAGCGUUCCGCACGAUCGUCAUGCCGAUCGCCAAGGAGUUCGACCCGGACAUCGUUAUCGUCUCGGCCGGCUUCGACGCCGCCGUGGGCCACCCGGCGCCGUUGGGCGGCUACAAGGUCAGCCCGGCGUGCUUCGGCAGGAUGACGCAGCAGUUACUUAAUCUAGCCGACGGUAAGGUCAUCCUCGCGCUCGAGGGCGGCUACGACCUGGCAGCGAUCUGCGACUCCGCUCAGGAAUGCGUCCGCGCUCUGCUCGGCGACGAGCCCAGCCCGCUGCGGGAUGACGAGCUCACCAGGAUCCCCUGUCAGAACGCCAUUGACACGUUGCAGAAGACUAUCGCCAUCCAGAUGUCACAUUGGCCUUGCGUGAAGCUCGCCGCUCACACGGUGGGCAUGAGCGCGAUAGAGGCGAGCCAGAAGGAACACGACGAGACGGAAACGGUGUCCGCCAUGGCCUCCCUGUCGAUGCAGCAGCCUACAAACCUUACAACCACGCCAGAACAUUCCCGAGAGGUGUCCGAGGAGCCGAUGGAGCAGGACGAGGCCAAAUGAGACGCGCGUUAAUCAUUCUGCUAGAUGUAGAACAAGCGUAAUCUAUUGUACCGGGAAACUGUGCAAAUGCUCUUUGGGAUAUCUCUCUCUAAGAGGUGCAUUUCUCAGUGAUAAUAUCCGUCGUCGCGCACGGCCACUGGCCUGCUCACCGUCUCGCGACAGCUGCUGAUCGCGCUUCGCGGGCGAGCACAGAGAGCGGACGACGCGUGCGAGAUCGCCGCACGGUGGUCUGGGAUUUACGAUUUACAUUACACACACACACACACACAGUUGUUCUUUCUUUUUUUUUUUCUUUCUUUUUUUUCUACAGACCGUAGUUGCGAAUAAACGACGGCCGAGUAACGAGGAAGAAGUGAUCUGUGUAAAGAUUUCGGGAAGAGCUCGACGGCUCGCCGACUUCUCUUACUCUUGUUUUUAUGCUAGACACGUGGAUGUGUAAAGUUGUUUGUGAGUAUUGCAGAUGUUUUUAUUGUUCUUGCGCGUUGUUCGGUACGCGGGAGAGAUUGUUGUUGUAGUAGAGUCUUAGCGAUGAAUCACACGAGCAGCGACGAGCGAUCGUGAAUUCGUCAUCCGGUUGUAGAUUUCUUUUUCUCUCUUCUGUUUUUCUUCUUUCUUCUUUUUAAUACGGAUCCAGCGAGAGAGAUAUCUUCUUUUCCAUAACGAAAAUCGUUGCGUUGACAUUGUCGGGCGGAGAGAAACUCGAGCGCACGCGAGAAAACUCGGGCUCUCGCUCGAGCGAAUUGGAUGCCGCUUGACAAAUCUUUUCGAUACCAGUGUCUUAUCGACGAACAACGAAUGACUUUGACAGCUCGAUACUCGAGUGAGAACUGGAAAGCGCGAGAGCAUUUUGUAACUUUUGUCCGCUUGAUCCUUCCGUGCAGGAGAAACAAAUAUUGUGCGGAUCAAGCGCGUCGUUGUUUUGUUGAUAACAACUCGCUGAGGAGAAGACGAAUCGCGAACGACGCGCGUUGUCUUUUGACGAAGAGAAAUAAAACGGUAAAAACAAACAUAACAUUCGCGAGCGACUUGUUGACGCUUCACCGACGUGAAUUAAGCGAAAUAUGAUGCUGAGAAAAAACCCACUUCUCGAAGCCACCAUACAAAACAAGUCUGAUGAUGCAUCGUGUUGCCUUGGAUAAUUCGCAGGAAGAAUUAAUUAUUCGUGAUAACUCCGCGCGCAUCGUCGUGUAUAUAUUUUUCGAAUGCUAAUGCCGCGACCGCGAGCGUCUCCGCUUGAAACACUUUUCAACGACUCGUAUCUUAUCGAAACACUUUCGGGGGAGGACUAACGCAGGGAGACGCUUGACAGACGCAGGGAGAAGGCUGCGUUGAACACGUCGGCGUACAAAGAGAAGAAGAGAGAACGCGUAUCUGAGAGAUUCUUCUCAUCGCGCCUACGUGUGUCGUUAUGGGGACGACACGCCGUAGAGUAAGACUCAUAUUCUGAAUGACCUUCCAUCACUAAAAGUGACUAUAAAAGUGGCUUAUAAGCCUUCUGUUUGGUUAUAAACUACUUUUAAUGAUGACAGAGAGUUCAGAAUAUGGACCUAAAAGUCCAACCGAGCGGUCGCUGGUUUUCCCGAGUGAUUGUCGUGUGUUGUUGUCCCGUGCGGAGAGAGAGAGAGGGGGAGGGAGAAUAUCGAUACGAUUGAACAAGUCGUUGCGCAAUGAGUGUACAUCGGUAAGCGCGUUGGUCAAAUUAGUACCUCGAACGUUCUCGCGGGAUAAAGUCUCGGGUCGUGUGAGUGAAAAGGAAAGUUGUUGAGAGAGGAGAGAGAGAGAGAGAAAGAGAUUUGCAGAGUAUGUCAGGCAUGCAAGGCCUCGCUAGAAGAAGAGUGAGUGCGUGUGCGAGUAGGACGAUCGGACAAACAUAUUUAUAAAAGACAGUAGAUGAGUUAGGUGUGUUUCCUCCGCCUCCCGCGCGCCGAUUCAGCCCCGACGAAGACGGGCGUGCGAGCGCGAGCGCGCAUCGUGGUGCUGGUCACUAGCGCUUAAUUGUCUCGUCGUCCGGUUCGUUCGCUUUCCCUGUCCCUCCGUGCAUCCGGAGUUGCUGCGGAGCAGCCGCUGUUGGAGAGCCGGUCGUCGUGCAGCGAGAGACAGAGAGAUGCAGCGAGGGCUCCUUGGUGUGCGGCAGCCGCCCUUGUCUCUGGCUUCUUCUCGGGAGUCGAGGCGACGCGUCGUAGCAGUCGCGAUACGCAACGACGAGAGAAAAGUCGAUGUCUAGAUCCUAAGGCGGUGUUAUGAUGUCGUGUGCUGCGAACAUGUGCGCGGCGGGCGCGUGCACGCGACGCGAGCCACGCGGGUGUCGGGACGACGGGGACACCCCAGGGUGUCGUGCGACACGCGUCGAUGUCGCUCGUCGCGUUCUCUCUCAGCAAGAGAGGCCGCCGACGCGGCUGUUGUCGUCUGAUCGUAUCUUUCCACUGCGAGAGCAACUCGACGUGCGGACGAGUUCGGUUGGAGUUGAAAUUUUAUUAUCGCGUGCGUAGCAAAUUGUAAAUGAAAUUAUUGUAAAAUAUGACUUGAAUUUGCAUCCUGAUUGAGGAAAAUUUGGAUUCGCACAGGUGGCUGCGUGUCUCCGUUGUUUCUAAUGAUGGAUAUUUGAAGGAAACUCUAAUUUUCAAGCGAGUAUUUUGUCGGUCGAUUCAUGCGACGCUUUGUGAGAGAAUCGACCGUUGUGUCCGGCGGUCGACGUCAUCCUGGGCGAUUCCCGACGUGGGCUCGCGUCGGCACUGCCGAUAUUUGAUAUUUGUUGUUAAUGUUUUCGAACGCGCGAGGGGCGAGUCGCAGGGGACGCUGCCGUAGGACGUCUUGUCAGUGGCGUUCUCACGAGAUUUAAACAACAACAAUAACUUGGUUUUUUGCUGCGAACAAAGGCUGGUGUGAUUUUUGUGAUAUUUUGUAAAAAGAAGAAGCUAACGUUACGGUUAAUUAAGGAAUAUACGUCGCGAAAAUGUACAUGUAAGGGGGAGAAAGAGAGAGAGAGAGAGAGAGAGAGAAAGUGAGUGAGUGAGUGAGAGAGUGAAGGAGAAAAAGGGAAGGAGCGAAAGGAAGAUAGAUAGAGAA